AUGGAAGAAAACAAACAAGAAUCGCUUGAGGAACUCAAGAAAAAGGGCUUUGCCUACUACAAUGAAGGAAACCAUGAAAAAGCGAAGGAGAUUUUGGUCAGAGCGUUGGAAAUACAAACGAAGGAGUCAAUUGAAGAUGACCUUUCGGUGGCUGGCGCACUUAAUGUGAUUGGGAGUGUGCUGCUGAAGGAAGGGAAGCUCAAUGAAGCCUUGGAGAAAUUCGAAAGGGUUCUUGCGAUCCAGUUGAAGAAAUUGGGAAGACAUGUUGACACAGCCGAAACCUACGAAAUUAUUGGACAAAUCUAUCACGAACAAAAAAACGACCAAAAUUGCGGAAAGAUGCUACGAAAAGCUCUGGAUAUCAAGCUCGAAGUUUUGCCACGAGAAAACAUUUCUGAUUUGACGGAUCUGUACCAGCGCCUAUCCAUAUCAUUGCAGUUACAAGGAAAGUUUUCAGAAGCAACCAACACGAACAAACGCGCACUUGCAACCCUACUAGAAGUACACGGGGAAGAGCAUCCUGCUGUUAUAGAGUCGUACAAUGGUAUUGCCAUACUGUUGGCAAACCAAAUGAGAUUUGACGAUGCGAUUCAGAUACUUGAUAAAAGCAUCGAAAUUUGUUCGCGGCUCCAAGAAGCGGGAGACUUCGACAAAGAUCUGUUGGCAAGAUCGCUCUUCAACAAAGGACGAUGCCUGAAAAUACAAGGGAGAUUGGAUGGUGCCACGCAGAUGUUCACCAAAGCGCUAGCGAUAAGAAAGGAAGCGCUAGGUGCAAUGCACCCAUCGACAGGAGAGUUUUAUGAAAGUCUUGGAGAAACAUAUGUUCGACAAGACAUGCUGGAAGAGGGCAUCCAUGCUUUCACCAAGACUCUGGAGAUUCGCCAAAGUGUGUUUUCUGAUGAUCAUCCCGGCCUGGAGGAGCUUAAGCGUACCAUUGCACCGUUAAAGCGAAGGAAAAAGGCGAAAACACUUCACGAACAGGGACUGGCAAUGAAGACGCAAGGCGAUUGGGAAAAGGCGAGACAAUUCUUCCAGGAGGCGCUGAAUAUUUACGAGGAUUUGAGCGCUACUGUUUUUGAUGCCAGUAUGGCAGCAAUAUAUGCGAAUAUUUCGACUCUCUACAUGGAACUGGCAAUAGUGUGCGAGAAUAUUUCUUCUAUGAAAGUUGACAACGGUUUGCUGGAAGAUGGCAUCGCUGCGAGUGCAGAAGCCCUCAAGAUUCGUCGCAGAAUAUAUGGGGACGAUCAUAGGGACACGAAAAGGCGUAUGAAAGCACACAGGUCGUUGCUGAAACGUCUCUUGCAAAAUCGAGGCACCAAAUAG